UCGCUGAUGAUUUUUUACGAAUAUAAAGACCAUUGGUCUGACGAUGAUCUGGCCUGGCCCGUGGUUCUGAAGAUAGGAGCUGGUGGUGAAAAUUAUGCGAGAGAAUGGCUGAAGUAUGCAUGGGGGAGCGGGCAUAGGACGUAGUCUCCUUUUGCUCUAUGUUUCUUGCAGAGAUACUGCUACGCUUGGAUGUGCGAGAUGCAAUGAGAUCUUCAAUGCAUCUUAUAUCGUCAUUCACCGUGCGAUUAUAUUGUUGAUUGUUGUUGGUCCUCUAUUAGCCAUUUGCACUGUCUUGGCUGUCACUUUUUUAAAUAAGCAUAUCAUGUCUGUUAACGGGCUUUCGAAAGUUCAAUAGUGACACUAAGGUUUCUUGAUAUUCUUUCAGAAUAUGUGCAAUCCCGACUAGUU